GCCUAGCUAGGGCGCUCUGUAGGUAUUGGACGCCGCCCGCACCGCGCUGCUAUAGUAAGUGCGUGCGCUGCUGCUACAGUCUUCCGACGCUCCGUUUCAGCGAGAAACGCAGGGAACUUGCCUAAAAACACACAGGAGCCACACUUAGCCGUUAGCUUUGGCAGGCGAGAGCUCGCUUGUUGUUCCUCGUCGAUCUUUUAACGGCCGCCGAGCGCUGAGGGGAACUCCGACCGAAGAUGGGCGCGAAGUCGCGGCUCGCACACUGAAGCUGGAGGGUGUUAUUCCCGGUGGAAGCGAACGAGAAGCGGCAGCUUGAGUCCUGACGGGGCUGAUAGUGAGCUCCAGCGUCGCUCAUCCUCUGAGGUGGAGCUAAGAUGAGCAUUACCAGUGAUGAAGUCAACUUUCUGGUCUACAGAUAUCUGCAGGAGUCAGGUUUCUCUCACUCGGCGUUCACGUUUGGCAUCGAGAGCCACAUCAGUCAGUCGAACAUCAACGGGACUCUGGUGCCUCCCGCGGCCCUCAUCUCCAUCCUGCAGAAAGGCCUUCAGUACGUGGAGGCCGAGAUCAGCAUCAACGAGGAUGGCACAGUGUUUGACGGCCGGCCGAUAGAGUCUCUGUCGCUCGUCGAUGCUGUGAUGCCAGACGUGGUUCACACCAGACAGCAGGCCUUCAGAGACCAACUCGCUCUGCAGCAGCAGCAGCAAGCCAACAGCUCCAGCAACUCAAGCGCGGCUCAGUCCUUCGCCACCAAGAACGGAGAAACCGCGGUCAACGGAGAGGAGCUCGGCACCCACAUGCUCCAUAAUCAUUUGGAGGCGAUGGAGAUGGACGACGAGGUCCAGAUUCCCGCCACGGUGUUGAGAGGUCACGAGUCGGAGGUCUUCAUCUGCGCCUGGAACCCCGUCACUGACCUCUUGGCCUCAGGCUCUGGCGACUCGACGGCACGCAUAUGGAACCUGAUUGAGAACAGCAGCGGCGGCUCGACUCAGCUGGUCCUGCGGCACUGCAUCCGAGAGGGAGGUCAGGACGUUCCCAGCAACAAAGACGUGACCUCGCUAGACUGGAACGUGAGUCGCUGUACGACAAUCAUUUGGGACGCUCAAACAGGUGAAGCCAAGCAGCAGUUUCCAUUUCAUUCAGCUCCGGCGCUGGACGUGGACUGGCAGAACAACAGCACCUUCGCCUCCUGCAGCACUGAUAUGUGCAUCCACGUGUGCCGCCUGGGAAGUGAGCGUCCGCUCAAGACCUUUCAAGGGCACACGAAUGAAGUGAACGCCAUUAAAUGGGAUCCGUCUGGAAUGCUGCUGGCUUCCUGCUCAGACGACAUGACUCUAAAGAUCUGGAGUAUGAAGCAGGAUUCAUGCGUUCACAAUCUUGAAGCGCACAAUAAAGAGAUUUACACCAUUAAAUGGAGCCCAGCCGGCAGCGGGAGUAGCAAUCCCAACGCUAACAUGCUGCUAGCCAGCGCCUCUUUCGACUCGACGGUGCGAUUAUGGGAUGUGGAGCGAGGCGUUUGCGUCCACACGCUCACCAAACACCAGGAGCCGGUCUACAGCGUGGCCUUCAGUCCGGACGGGAAGUUCCUCGCCAGCGGCUCCUUCGACAAAUGCGUUCACAUCUGGGACACGCUGAGCGGCGCGCUGGUGAACAGCUACAGAGGAACCGGAGGAAUCUUUGAGGUUUGCUGGAACAGUGUGGGAGAUAAAGUAGGAGCGAGUGCAUCAGACGGAUCGGUCUGUGUUCUUGAUUUACGGAAAUAGCUCUCGGUGAGUCCGGAUGCAGGAUCGUGCAGCUAAAGCCUUCAGCGGCUGCUGGUUGUGACCGAACUCGUUUCUUCUGUUUCUUCCGGUCGACUGAGACCCGCAGCUUCACCGGGAACAGAAUCCAAAUGUUGAAAACCAAAUUAGAGGAAGGUCUCGGUCGAUGAAGUGGACGCCAAAGAGCUGGAGACGCUUCAUUGGAAAGGUUUUAUUGGGUGUUUUGGACGCCACUGACAUUCAUUGGGCCAUUUGACCCUUCAUAAGUGAAGUCUGACCAUAAGAAAACAUAUUUUUAAUGGAGAACAAACUUCAAAUCAAGACGAGUUUUCCUUUGCAGGAGAACCAUAAAUAGUUCUGAUUGUUUUCCAACUUUAAAGAGGGAUGAAGACGUCAGCUGCCGAGUACUUGGGAAAUAUCUUAAGAUUCUCCGAUAUUAAAUAUACAGGUGUAAAACCUCCCCACUGGAUGUACAUUUAAUGAAUGUAAAGAUGUAAAUGAGAUCGUAACACGCAGAUUUUAUAAACUGUUUAUAUGUUUAUAAACUAAUCUUUUUCCCAAAAGUCUUUCACACUUCUAUGUUGUUGUUUUUUCUGAUUCUGUGCACAUCGUGCCUGCUGGAUCUCCGCAGGAAGCCCAGUGGUUUUGAAGAAAUCGAUCAUAUGAGGAUUUGAGCCUCUAAAUAUCGUAUCGCAAGUUUUGGGCCGCGUUUGAAUUCUCCGCGUCACGGUCGAGUCCUAAUCGGGUGCGAUUUGAUAAAACGAGAAGUAAUGAAAGCGCUCUCCUCCAUGCAAAUCUGAAUUUUGUUUUAUUUUGUUGAUCACUUGGUUGUUUCUUUUAUGUGGCGUUGUGCUGGGAAGCCCCGCCCACCUUGAAAUUUCAUUGGUCCAAAAUCCUAAUUUGCAUUAAACGUAUUCAAUUUCAAUGUGGACAGGCUAAUUACUGAAACUCGAAUAUAUGGAGACAAUGCGGACAAAAAUAUACAUUUAUCGUGGCUAGGGUUGCAAA